UCUGAUGUGUCAUAGAGGGUCGUUCUAGUGAUAUUUUAUUAAUAUUAAUUGUUAAUAUGCUGAUUAUUUUAUAUUGCAAAUCUGUCGUUGAUUAAGCUAAUCGGAUCGCUGGCAGAUCUGUGACUGUGCGCGACAUAUCUUGUACUUAUCGUCAUUAUGUUUGAAAACGAUAAGCCAUGUGACAGGUACACUCGGACAAAACGUGACAAUGUUUUUGACAGUCACAAAUCACUGGACAUUCAAAAUGUGCCGCGAACUGUAUACGUCGCGCGCGCAUUGUUAUUGUAUUUUUUAGUUUUAAUUUAGUUAAUUUUUUUAUUAAAAAUGUCGGCCAAUAAAAGAACUUAUUCACCUUUCGUCAAACAAUUUUUGUUGUCAGAGUUUUGUAACGGCGGCGGUAUGUAUCAAUAUAGUGUGCCACGGGUGUGUCAUGGGCUUUCCUGCCAUCCUGUUACCGCAGUUGCGCCAGCCCGGCUCACCCCUCGCUGUUCCCAAAAGUACCGAGUCCUGGAUCGCAUCAGUACAUUCCAUCAGCAUGCUGCUGGGGUACUUCCUGACGCCGCCCAUCAUGGAGCGGCUCGGGCGCAAGUUGGCGCACUACGCGGUCUGCAUACCCUUCCUUGUGGGCUGGUUCAUGAUCGUCAUGGCAGAGAGUGUUCAUGUAAUUAUAAUAGGUCGCAUCCUGCACGGUCUGUCGAGCGGGCUGCUGACGACGCUGCGGUCAGUGCUGAUAGGUGAGUACACGAGCCCGCGCAACCGCGGAGCCUUCCUCACCACCAUCUCGCUGGCGCAGGCGUUCGGCAUCUUCUUCGUGCACCUGGUGGGCUCCCUCCUCAGCUGGCGGCUCACCGCGCUCGUCUGCGCCUUCUUCUCCUACACCAGCUUCAUCAUGACCAUGUUCAUCCCGGAGUCGCCCAGCUGGCUCGUCGCUCGGGGCAGGUUCGACGAGUGCAGGGCCGUCUUCCACUGGCUGCGCGGCGACGCGGAGGACGACGAGCUCGAGGACAUGAUCAACACCAGAAUAGCGUAUGAGAAAGCUAUCGUUAGGAAAAGAUGCUCCGGAUCCGAAUCCAGCCGGAUAAACAAAAUCUGGCACACUAUGACAAAGAAAGAGUUCUAUAAACCGAUUAUUCUGAUGAUCCACGGAAAUAUCCUGAUGCAGUUUGCGGGCGGCACCACCAUGUCGGCGUACUCCACCGUCAUUAUAGGUCUUCUAAUGGGCCCCGGCGCCAACGCCCACUUCUGGAUGGUGUUCCUGGACACGCAGAGAAUUAUCUCGAACAGUGUGGCAGUGUACGUCAUCAACAGGACCAAGAGACGCACCAUGUUGUUCUCCACGGGCGCGCUGUGCGUCGUCAGCCACCUGGCGAUAGCCGCCUACGUGUACGCGAGACACGAGGGGAUAUUUGUGUACGAUGCGAUAUGGUUGCCGGCGCUGCUCAUCAACAUCCAGUUCUUCACCGUGGCGGUGGGCAUGGUGCCGUUGCCUAACGUGAUAGCGGGAGAGGUGUUCCCGCUGGAGCACAGAAGUAUCUGUGGGAGCAUCAGUCUGAUGACGGGCGGGAGCUUCAUGUUCGUGACGCUGAAGACGUUCCCGUACUUGGUGGACGCGGGAGGUCUUCAGGGCACGUACUUGCUGUACGCGGCGCUGCUGACGUACAACCUGGCGGUGAUGUGGGUGCUGCUGCCGGAGACGCGCGGCAAGACGCUGCAGCAGAUCGAGGCGGAGUUCCGCGGACGGGCGCUGCGCCCCGAGGAGGCGGAGGCGCGGCACUCGCUGCACGCGGACCCCGUGGAGGCGUACAAGAGCAAGCUGUCUCUGCGGCGGUGUAGUAGCGCAGUACUGUAGUUGUGAUAAUGUAUUAUAAUAUUAUUUUAAACUAGUCCAAAUUUACGAAUAAAUAUCUUUUUAUAUUAUUA